CUUAGCUGAAGUUUAUAACCCGCAGCAUCAGUUGGAAAAGACCUGAGGAACCUAUUACAGCGUCCGGGAUCAGAGAUGGCUCCAAUCUUAGCAGAUACCAGCAGCUCAAACUUGCCUGAAAGGGACAAUUAUGUAAACAAUGGAUUUGGAUAUGUUAAAAAUCCUCAUCUGGACCUGCUCUCAGAAGACAUCCUCUACCAUUUUGACUUGGGAACACGAACACAUGACCUGCCCGCUAUGUUUGGGGACGUGAAGUUUGUCUGCGUUGGUGGAAGUCCAAACAGGAUGAGGGAUUUUGCAAUCUUCAUACACCAGGAGCUGGGUCUGGACGGAGAUGGAAGUGACGUGACUGAUAUUUGUGCCGGCACAGACAGAUACAGCAUGUACAAAGCCGGGCCUGUGCUGUCUAUUAGUCAUGGAAUGGGAAUCCCCUCUAUCUCCAUAAUGUUACAUGAACUCAUCAAGCUUCUUCAUCAUGCCAAGUGCAGAGAUGUGACAAUUAUACGCAUUGGGACAUCGGGAGGAAUCGGCAUUGAACCGGGGACGGUUGUGAUCACUGAUAUUGCGGUGGAUGCAUUUUUCAGACCGCAGUUCGAGCAGGCUAUUUUAGAUAAGGUGGUUAUCAGGAACACUCAGCUCGACCACAAACUUGCAGAAAGUCUUCUACACUGCAGCAAAGAGAUCGAUGACUUCCCCAGUAUUAUUGGUCACACCAUGUGCACCUAUGACUUCUAUGAAGGUCAGGGGAGAUUGGAUGGAGCGCUCUGCUCAUUUUCUAAAGAAGAAAAAUGCGAGUAUCUGCAAAGGGCGUAUAAUGCUGGAGUCAGGAACAUUGAGAUGGAAUCUUCCGUCUUCGCUGCCAUGUGCCAUUUAUGUGGACUUAAAGCUGCCGUGGUCUGCGUGACUCUUCUUGACAGGCUACAGGGAGAUCAGAUCACGCACAGUCACAGUGUCCUCAAAGAAUUCCAGAAGCGACCUCAGAAGCUGAUUUCCAGUUUCAUUAAGAAGCGACUGCACAUGUGCACCUAGGUGCGGGGCCGUGCUGCACAAUGCGGCCAUGACAUGCACUUUGUAUAUAAACCCUGUACUGUGAGUUAUAUCCUAUAUAUACAUACAAGAAUACCAGGUUGUAAAAAACAGGCAGUAGAACCUCUGAACUUUAACUCUUAUAUAUGAUGUACUGUUCACCUUUACAUAGUUUUCAGAAUCUGCAUGUAAAAAAUAUUUAAAGGCUAUGUACACCUUCGGGGGCAAUUUUUUUUUUUUAUGGUUGCAUUUUACUCAUUUUGGGCUAAAGAUUUAUUUUUUCAAUUGGUCUUUAUUAAAAAUGUUCAGCCGUUCUGUCACAAAAGGGUUACCUCUUUGCCUACCUGUCUGAAUCGUACUUCCACUUUCACUUUGUGCAGGUCAUCUAAUAAACCUUCUCUCUAAAUUACUAAAAGUCACAAACACUUAUUUAAGCCAUUGAUAAGAAUUGAGCUAUUAUGAGUGUUUAGGAGGUCAGAAAUCAGCGAUAAGGAGCCAUCAGCUAAGCUGCCUGAUGGCACACAGUCAAAAUACAGAGCCUGCUACUAGAGAAUCUUAAGGCUUUACAGAGAAAGGGGCUCAACAUUUUUAAUAAAGACCAAUUUAAAAAAACAUUUUAGCUCAAAAUGAGUACAAUGCA